CAACGAUGACUACUUACAGCGCACUGGAGCUGUCGACGGAACUAAGGGAUAUCUUCUUGACGUGUGCAUUGUGCUUAGGGCGCUACCUGAAGCCCAAACAACUGCCAUGCCAGCACACCUUCUGCUCCAGGUGUCUCUUCAAGUGGUACAACGCCCGCCCCAUCCGGGGGAAGAGCCUCCAAUGCCCAGUGUGCAGGGACUCGGUCCCGGUUCCAGCUGGUGGUAUCCAGACUCUACCAGACAGCAUGCUUGUGGUGUCGAUCAUGGAAUACCUGGACCGAAAGGUCGAGACCAAUGACUCGGUGUCGUCGAUACUCGUGGGACUCGUCCACCAAUUCGGGGUGAAAGGAAACGCAGAGGGGCAGUUGUAUAAACCCCUUGGAGUGUCUGUCAGUAUCGACACUGAACAAGUAUUCGUUGCAGACUGCAAGAACCGAAUACAGGUAUUCGAUAUGGAUGGAAAGUUCCUCCGGAAACUCGUAGUGAAGAACUUAAGCAAAAAGUUCACCCCGACGUUUGUGAACAUCACAAGGCAUCUUAGCAUGGACGGAAGCGAGAGACUGGUCAUCUCGGAUAUCAACAACAAACAGGUACUGGUAUGCGAUUUCCAGGGCAGGGUGCUACGACAAGUCGGGAAACACGACCUUGGUAUGCCGGGUGGUGCUGCCGUGACGAGCGAUGGCCACAUCCAUGUAGUGGACGUCUACGCGCGUAUUGUGCGGACCUACGACCGCUACGGCACACCACUCCGGCUACUCGGACGCUACGGGACGGCAGAGAACGCCUUCAGACACCCCAAACACAUCGCCGUUACCAAGAACGACGACAUCGUUGUGACGGACACCACAAAUCACACUGUCCAUGUCUUCGAAAUGUCCGGGAGGCUGGAGCGCGCGUUCGGCGUCCGCGGUAAACUGGACGGGGAGUUCCGCUCACCGAACGGACUGACGGUGGACAGAGAAGGUCAUAUCAUGGUAGCAGAUGUGGGUAACCACAGCCUACUGAUGUUUGACAUCAACGGCCAGUUCAUUCGUCGAAUCGAUGACCCAAUCGAUGAUCUUCGGCAUCCAGAGAGCAUAGCCAUUGCUGGAGAUGGCAAAAUUGCUGUUGCAGAUUCGGGCAACCACAGCAUUAAAUUCUUCUCCUUUUAAAGUUUGGCGCACUGCAAGUUGAUAAAAUUACCAUUCCUUAUUCGGGCUCGUACUUAGCCACUCAACAGGUAUUAUAAAAUAAUAAACCGUCUGCCUAUUGUUACAUCACCACCGCCCUCUAUUGGAAUCUUUCCAACGGUACGGCAUUGUUCUUGUUUUGCAUAUUGUGUUAGGUGGUGUGUUUUAAGGUCAAAGGUAAUUCAAAGGCAAUCUGAGAAUCUGACUCAUGACGUCACGCGUAAUCCAAAAACUGUAGUCGUGCACACACCGCCUUAUAAAUGUUUUGGUUUCGUGACGUCAGAGGGCCCAUCGUUUACAUCCACCCACUGCAAUGGGACUUUUAGUCAAAACGUUUUCCUUCCACCGACGUAGCUAUGAAGUACUUAUUCCAAAACACCACGUGCUCCCAGGUUCUUUAGAACAUUCGGAUGAGAUUUGUUCACUAAAAUGGCAUCUAUGAACUUCCAACUGCUGAUACGUGCACGGUGAAGCGAGGCCAACAUUAUCUGUAACAUCGAGUUGAAACUUAGUGCGUUUAACCAUGAACGAGUUGCACCCACCGGGGAAUGCGUUUGUUCCACGAAACUCACCCUAGUCAAAUCGUCGACCAGACGGCGGGGAUUAAGAGAAGCAGAUGGUCUGGAAUUCACGCUCCUUGUAAUUUUUCUUAGUUUUUGAUGGCUUUUCCGCAGUGGGGGAGAUUUACGCGAGCAACGUGGUUUAAACCCACGAAUGUUCAGCUGCUGUCAAUACCUCUCUGUAUUUGAAAACGCAUUCAGGAGAUAGUUGUGAUCUUAUACCUUCAGAACAAUUUUUUUUCUCUCCUGUGGAGACUUUUGUUUAGUAGAGACUUUGAAGAGUCUGCGCUUCCAUAUUCACGUGCUCGGCUAAUCAGGCUGAAUAGAAUGAUUUAGCAAUUCUCAAAACUGCUGUACGGUCCCAAUUUGUCAGUCUGUUCAUUGCACGGUAUUAGAGCUGGGAAAAUGGGGAUUUGGUGGUUUGUAUGUAUGUUCAUUGCUAAAGGAUUCGAGCUUAAAGUCUGGGAUUUGGUGGAUGUCAUGAAUGACUUCGUGAUUGAGCUAAUAAACCAUUGUUUUUAUAUAGAAUAAGCAUACCAACAUUUAUCUGUGUUUAUAUACACCUGGGUAUUUAUUUAUUUGAUGAUUGUAUUAUUUUUUUGAUGUUGUAUUAUUAUGAAUAAAUUAUGAUGGACAUUGUUAUUAUUAUUAUUAACCUAUCUUACUUUAUUUACUUUUAGAAAAUUAGGUUUUAAUUUAUGAACACUGUUACUCUUAGAAACUGUAUGUUGACGGAUGAGUACGGUACUAGUAUUGGAAUUGACAUUUCAAAA